AGACAAAUUUUACGCCCUUGGUUAGAAGGCAUUUUAAACAGUGGUGGAGUGCCUGGGGUGAAUUGGUUGGACAAUGAACGCACACAAUUUGUGAUUCCUUGGCCAAGAGGCAGCAAAAGUUGUCCUGAUCAAAAUGAGAAAGAAAUUUUUAAGAAAUGGGCUGAACACACUGGUAGAUACAGAGUUGGAAUAGAUAAGGAGGAUUAUGUUCGAUGGAAGACAAGGCUCAGGUGUGCACUCAACAAGUCCAAAGAUUUUGAGGAAAUCAUUGAUGAGGAAAAAAAGCAUCCAAACCAUAAAUUU